UCACGUCCUCGUUCGCCUCCCAUUGAAACUAGCCUGGACUUGUAGCUUGGAGGCAGUAGUUGUGGACAACGGAGCACGUCUUAGGCGUCUCGGUGAGACGUCUCCAUCCUGUGUUACAGAGGCUGAAAGCUGGCCAAAUGGCGGAGUGGAACGCGUACUACCAGAAUGAGGACGAGGAGCAGGAGCAAGAGGAAGCGGAGCUGGCUGGCGGAGACUACAAAGUCUCAGGCAGAGACAGCCUGGUCUUCUUGGUCGACGCCUCCAAGGAAAUGUUCAUCAAAGGCGAAGAUGGACAACCCUCUAACUUUGACAUGACCAUGCAGGUUGUGCGCAGCGUGUACACCAGUAAGAUCAUCAGUAGUCACAGGGACCUGGUGGCUUUGGUGUUUUAUGGCACGGAGCAGAGCAAAAACCCCAGGAACUCAUUCAAACAUGUUUACGUGUACCACGAUCUCGAUGAACCAGGUGCAAAGCGAGUUCAGGAAGUGGAUGCCCUGCGGGGAGAGAAGGGGGCGCAGCUGGCUGCACAGACCAUGGGAAGUGGGGAGACGUCUCUCGGCGACGCCCUGUGGUGCUGCGCCAACCUCUACAGUGACAUCAAGCUGCGCCUCUCGCACAAACGGCUGAUGAUCUUCACCUGCAGGGACGAACCGCACGGAGGCGACAGCGCAAAGGACCGACAGGCCCGCACCAAAGCCAGUGACCUGAAGGAGACGGGUGUUUUCAUCGAUUUAAUGCACCUGAUCAAACCAGGCGGCUUCGACGUCUCACUCUUCUUCCGAGAUAUUGUGAGUCCGCCGGAGGACGAGAGCGAGCUUGGGCUGCAGCUGGAGCCCUGUGACAAACUGGACGACCUCCAGAAACGGGUCCGGGCCAGAGACACCAAAAAGAGAGCCUUGGCCAGGCUAAGCUUGAGUCUCGGUGAGGGUCUAAAUGUAGCGGUGGGAAUGUAUGCAACCGCCGUUGGAGCUCGGAAACCCGCCCCUAUCAGACUCUACAGGGAAACAAAUGAGCCGGUGCGCAGCAAAACCCGCACUUUCCACACUCAGACCGGCAGCUUGCUGCUGCCCAGUGAUCUAAAGAAGGCACAGGUGUACGGUAGGAAACAAAUAGUGAUGGAGAGUGAUGAGGUGAACGCCAUCAAGAAGUUUGACGAGCCGGGCCUGUUUCUGAUUGGCUUUAAACCAAUGGAAAAACUCAAGCUGCAUCAUCAUAUCCGACCUUCUGUCUUCAUCUACCCUGAGGAGGAUAAUGUCAAAGGAAGUGCCUGUCUGUUCUCUGCCCUGUUGAAGAAGUGCAGUGAGAGAAAGGUGUUUGCUCUGUGUCGCGGUAUCUUCCGCCGAAACUAUCCCCCUAGAUUUGUUGCCUUGGUGCCUCAGAUGGAAGAGGUCGACGAAGGGAAGGUACAGAUUACUCCUCCAGGUUUCAAUGUCAUCUACCUGCCGUUUGCGGACGACUUGCGAACUGUUGAUCCUCCCAGAUGUCCACCAGCCUCACAAACACAGGUUGACAAAAUGAAGGAGAUCAUCUACAAGCUUCGCUUCAAAUACAGGAGUGAUGCUUUUGAGAACCCUGUCCUCCAGCAGCAUUUCAGGAACCUGGAGGCCCUGGCUCUGGACAUGAUGGCUCCAGAGGACAUAGAGGAUCUCAUCAUGCCAAAAGUGGACCAGAUUGACCAACGACUCGGCCCUUUGGUUGAAGAGUUUAAAGAUCUGGUCUACCCUGCCGGGUACAAUCCAGAGACCAAACCCGCUCCCAAGCGUAAAACGGCCGAUGCUGGAGGUGGAGCUGAGAAGAAGCCCAAGGUGGAGGUGACAGAAGACGAGUUGAAGACCCACAUGCAGAACGGUACGCUGGCAAAGCUGACCGUGCCGAUGCUAAAGGAGGCGUGCAAGCAGUUUGGGAUCAGAACCACGGGGACCAAGAAGCAGGAUCUAAUAGAUGCUCUGAGCGAGCGAAUGGGUUCAUGAGGACAUUUCAGAAACCCUCUCAAUGUCCAGCAAGGUUUAAAAAGGAAGUGCCAGUAAAAUGACCUUAUUCAGGGUCAGCAAGCUAAUUGUCUUAAUUUCCUCAUAUUGUGAAAAUCCCAAUUUGCCCAAAUAUCACAUUGGAAUUUCCAAGAUCUCCCAUUCUAGGUGACGCUGACUACAACACUGUAAAGAAAAUAAAACCAACAAGAAAUACUGUGUAGGAACAUGUUUGUAAGGAAACAAAACAAAUUGUAUGACUGAUGAUGUGUUGAAUUAAACUUUUUUUUUUUUAUAUAAA